UGCUCCUACAGCUUCUCCACACUCCACCUCCAUCUCCUCCUCCUCCUGUCGUCCAGCAGCUCCGAGACGUUGCACAACAUCACGCUCUCGAGCGGCGGAGGAGGAAUCUGCAGGACGCCGAACCUCACCGAGGACAUCGCUGAGUAGCUCACCUCCCUGAAGACCACCUUUGGGGACUUCCCCAAGGACUUGCCCUCUUUUUCGCGCCUGAGGGGGGUGGAGUCACACGAGGUCCGGCAGACAAACAAAGGGACUUGAAGACACUACCCGCAGGUUCUUCUACCAGAAAGAGAGUCUAACCUGACCCCUGUCGCUCGGACACACCCGCUGUUCUCAGAACGCUCCGGGAAUAAUGGCGUCUCUGCAUCCCGUGUGGCCGGUGAUGAUGAAGAGGAGGAGGCGGCGCACCGUCGGCCUGGUGGUCACCAUGCUCUGCCUGUCCCUGACCAUCGUCACCCUGGGAGCCUACAGCACGACGCGCACGGAGAGCAUCGCCAUCAGCGGCUACGGCGCGGGGGUCAUUCUGGCGUUCGGGUCCUUCCUGGGGCUGCUGGGCCUGUGCCUCGAGGAGAACCGCCGACAGCUGCUUGUUGCUUCCAUCAUCUUCCUCAGCUUCGGGAUCAUCGCCUCUUUUUUCUGCCUGGUGCUGGACGGUGUCUUCAUUCUGCUGAGCAUUGACAUGCGUCCCCUGAAGGCCGGCAGGUGCCAAUUCUACACCAGUGGGAACAGCUACAUCUACGAGAACUACUACACCACGGUUCCCUGUCAGGGCCUCAUGGAGUCCUGCAGCAUGAAGGUCCGAAGCGGAACCUGUUACUGCUGCGACCUCUACGACUGCGCCAACGGCGGCUACCUGAACAACCGCUACGAGUUUGUGGGGGUACGAAGCUGUGAGGACGUGCUGUCGCUCUACCGCCUCUUGUGGGUCGUCACCGCCCUCAACCUGGUGGCCUUUGUCCUGGGGGUGCUGACCACCGCUGUGCUGGGGAGCAUCAAGAACCAGAAACCCUGUACGGCCGGACAGUCUCUGUGCAGCGAGCUGGGGGGCCAAGAAAGCGUGGAUUCCCUGUCUCCCACUGCCCCCCUCCUGCCGGACCAUGACGUGUACCCCCUCACUCAGAAUACACCCCUGUACUUCAUGCCCGCCGCCGGGCCAAACACGUCUCAGCGCUCCUCGAUGGACCCGCCCAGAACGGAACCGAAACCGCCAGCCUUCGCUCCACUCUUCAACCUCCUGCCCUAGAAACACGGAGGACUCUGAGUGUUUUCACCUUGGGGGAGGGAUGACAAGUAGGAAGUACAAUUUAAACACCAUAUACUUUACUUCACUUUCUAAAGUAGGGAAAUGUUAUUUUACAUUUUAUAUGGUCCACACUGGAUUUGUAAUUUGCAGAAGAGCAUCGAAAAUCCCAGGAUGCCUGUAAUGCAAAGAUUUCCAGUCACAAAGGCAUAUAUUCCGGCUAAUAAUAAUAAUAAUAAUAAUAAUAAUAAUAAUAAUAAUUUCGCUGUGGUCGUGAUUGGAAGUGAAGCUUUUAAUAAAACAAAUUCAGGACUACAAUAAAACAACAGACUCUGCUGCCCAGCUCUGGAUGGUGUUCAGAAUAUUUGUAUUUGUAAGAAUAUGUGCACCGACUGAGGCCAGAACAAAAAUAAUAGACAUUUUAGCUUCAAUUUGGGGGGAAUUAUGAAUGUAAUGUAAAUAUGUGUACAUGAAAUGUAAAUAUUCAGUUCAGUUUAAAUAUGACGGCAAUUUGUGUGACUUAUGUUUGUCAACAAAAAAGAAAAUUGCUAAUAAUCCCUCCUUUCGAGGAACAGCGGAUUAGAAUGUCUGCAUUUUAUACCAUAUCUUGUUCAACUGUGUAGAUGAACACAACCUUCUAUCAUUUUGCCAGCUGUCAGCAGAGGCAGGUAGAGCAGCCAAACACAGUAGCCUGCUCAGUAAAAGUUACUUCCAGAAACCUCUCAGGUAAAAUUAUUUGCGCAAAAAUUAGAUAUUGCCAAUUAGACUAAUGAAAUAAAUACAAAAUCAAUGAAAGACCACAGCCGGUAAAGUACGCGGCUUCAGCGUCAGUCCACAGUACUCGAAUGUCACCUUCAGCAUCACAUUUGUAAAAAUGCCAAAUACCGUAAGAGCACAGAAUUAGUACCGAAGCAUUUGUUACACUAAUAUCAUUGUAGGUGAACAUUUGUCAUAACGUCAGGCUGGGGGCAUAUUUCUAGCAAAGGGAAUUACAUAAUUGACCAAAAAGAAAUAAAAGGAACCUGCUGGGAAUUACAUUCCUGUGACAUGUGCAGUUAGGCUACCGCUUGCUGUUUCAACACGGUACGAAACAUUUUCUUUUCUCGAUGUGCUUAAAAACAAUUAUCAAGAGCCCUGAUUUCGGGAUAGGCUCCGGACCAACGCGACCCUGACCGUCACGCAUUAAAUGGAAUAUUGCAUUCCUGGUUGUAAGUAACCUGUCACAUAUUUCCAGCUUCACCUCACAGGUGUAAACAACACUAAAUCACUGGGUCAUGAGCUAUUUAUAGGGAGGAUCGUAAUCAUCAAAACAAUUCACAAAUUUUUUUACUCGGACAACAAUCUUGUACUGAGACUGAUCAUUUUGCUUGCUCUUAUUUAAGCAUUGAUCACACAUAAUAGUUUUAGUAUAAAGAUGGAGUGGAAUAAGUUUUUUUUUGCUUUAGAAGAUGGAUUGAGAUAUUUUUAGAAUGUCAGGGAACUGUUUAGGAAAAAUGUGUAUUUGGGUUAAUGUGAUUACUUUGUGCUAAGGGGGUGCGGUGGCGCAGUGGGUUGGACCGCAGUCCUACUCUCCGGUGGG